CGCCAAAAUUUUUCACUCAGCCCCUGGCAGCCAACUUUGACAUGAAAAAUCUGCCCUUCGCGGAUCCCUGGAACGCACUUCGGAUUCAUGUAUUAGAAGCAAGAAAUCUCGUUGCAAACGACUUCUUCUCCAAGAAAUCAGACCCUUUUGUAGUUGUGCGCGGAGGAGGCACAGUUGGGAAAACCAGGGUCAUAUCUAAGAACCUCAACCCGCAGUGGAACCAGACAUUUGAGAUAUUAUUUUCAGAUUUACCAGGGCAGGAGAUUGAAUUUGAGGUUCUGGACAAAAAUGUUCAGAGAGAUGAUUCACUGGGCAGCUGUAAAAUUGCAGUUCCACAUGUGCUAAAGAAGAAAUUCAUUGAUAAGUGGAUCCGGUUGGACAAUGUGAAGUCUGGGGAGCUCCAUAUCAAGGUGGAAACUCUCAAACUCUUUUCAGACCGUGACAAGCUGGAGAAGGUGUUAAAUCUGAACAAAAGGCCGCGGCCCCCUAAGAGUGAGGAGUUGUCAUCAGUUGCCCUUUACACCGUCAUCCAAAAAGCCAGGGGUCUGCCAGUGAUACGGCCGAAGAAAUGCAAAUUAAACCCACUGGCCACCGUGGAAGUUUCAGUGACAGAUACAGUCAAGAGGACGGGGGUAAGUCGCACAUAACAGUGUCCAACCACACAAGGGUUUGGUCUCAAGUUUGUUUGUUUUCACAUAAAUAAUGGGGUGAGGGGUAGGGGCAUUUAUUUGGAAUGAUCACUUAGUGCACCAUAGACAGUAAAGCAGUGACAUACUGUUGUUAGCUGAUUGGCAAUGGGCAAUACCUGAUUAAACAAUAACACUGAUUAAAGCAUUAAAUCACCAAUAAUAAUUAGCAGACAGAACCAGUUCUCAUUUAGAAUAUCUCUAAUUGUUCUUUUUCCAGGC